CAGGACCAGGUCCCUGACUUGGGGGGCGGGAGACCCUCCCCAGCCCAUUUCUCUCCUUCCUGGCAGUCUCCACCACUAACCUUGCCUGUUGCCUGCUAGGUCCUCGCCACCCCCUGAUGGCGGGCAGUGUGUGGGCAUCCCUGGGACUCUCCCUUGCCUGCAUCUCAGCCCUCAGCCUCUGCUCUCCCGUCUGGUUCCAGACCCCCACCUUCUCCUUUGGCGUCCUCACCUACUGCUCCUGGCCUCAGGGUAACGGCUGGAACCAGAGCUGUGGAGCCUUCAGGUCCCUGGAUGACAUUCCUGACUUUGCCUGGAAGGUCUCAGCUGCAAUUCUCCUUGGAGGAUGGCUCUUGUCGGCCUUCAAUGCAGUUCUCCUCCUGUCCUGGGCCCUGGCCCCCAAAGGGCUGUGUCUCAGAAGGGGCAGUGGCCCAAUGCCAGGGGUGCAGGCAGCUGCAGCCACUGCCACCAUUGUGGGCCUGCUGGUUUUCCCCAUCAGCCUGGACUCCCCAUUUGCCAAGGAAGCCUGUGGAACCUCCUCCGUGUACUGCAGUGGCCAGUGCCAGCUGGGCUGGGGCUAUGUGACUGCCAUCUUCAGCGCAGUCCUGGCUAGCUUUCUGCCUAUGAUUGGGUGGCCCCGCAUGACUCAGGUCCAGGGGAGGACCAUCUCCAGUGACACUGAGAAAAGCAUCCUCAUGCCAGAAAUGAACAAAUAAAAAUUUCCCAAGAGGAGAAAAAGAAAAGAGGACCAAGGACAAUUCUCAGUCCAAGCUGUCCCUCAAAUACCACAUCUUUCGGGGGCACCUGGCUGGCUCAGUCGGUGGAGCAUGCGACUCUCGAU